AUGGGAUUUUUCGAUUAUUUCUUUGGAAAAAAAAAAGAACCUGAAAAAUAAGCUCCUCAACCACAACCUGUUGUUCAAUAGCCAAAAUCAAAUAAAUAGAUUGAAGAAGAAGUUUAUUAUUUUUUAUUAUAUUUAGAAUUGGGUAUACGCUUCAAUACUUUAAUAUUUGAUAUCCCCAAUCUGGAAUAUUACUAUUUCUGAAUUUGUAGAUUAAAACUGCAUCGUUUUUGAUGAUGAAGAAGAGAAUAAGUUAGAAUAUUAAGCCUUAUUCAAAAAAUACAAAAAGAUGAUGGCCAAUCUUAUUGACAAUAUGAUGAAUGAGUUAGGUGUAAAUGAAGAGUAAUUUGCUGAAUAAGUAGAAAAAGGAUUAAAACAUCCUAAAGAUAAAUAGGUAUUUGAAAAACUAUUAACAAUUGAUAACUUUUUGGUUUUCAAAACAUCAAUGAUUAAGAGAAACAAAGAAUUAGAAUUAGAAGCAUUAAAAGAAAUCGAAAAGUAAGAUCAGAAAAAGUAUAUGAUACUUAUUAUUUAUUAGAAUUUAAAAAGGAUAAGCUGUUAAUGUCUAAAAUAAUCCAAACAUUAAAUUACUUGAAAUGGAAGCAGAAAAGGCUGAAUUAGAACAUGCUUUGUAAAUGUCUUUAGCAGUUGAAGAAGAAAAAAAGAAGAUGUUAACAGAAGAGGAUAGAUAAUUAUAAGAAGUAUUAAGGUAGAGCUUAGUUGAAUUUUAGUAAUUAAUUUUAUUUAUUUCUUAGAUAAGGUUUAAAAAAAUAAAGAGAUGCUUUAGAACUCAAAACUAAGGAAUUAAAAAGAGCUAAAGAAGAAUAAGAAUAAAAAGCAUUUGAAUUAGAAUAAUAAUUAAGAUUAUAAUCAUAAUAAUAAUAAUAAUAAUAAUAAUAAUAAUAAUAAUAAUAAUAAUAACCAUUAUAAUUAUAAUAAUAACCAAUUAAAUAAUAAGUUAAUCUAAAUUCAGAUGGUACACCUACUCCAAUUCUAAAAUCUGUAAAAUAUAUAUCUAAAUUUAGGAAUAUCAAUUAUAAAGUCAAGUUUAAUAAGGUCCUACUAUGGCUGAAUUUUAUUAAGUUUAAAAUAACAAUAUUCCCUAACCAGAAAAAGUAGAAUAAGUAUAACAAUAGAAAGAUUCAAUACCUAUUUUAUAAUCUAAAAAACUUGAUAAAUUAUCGCAUAAAGCUGUUUUACCAUCAAUCUAAGGUUAGGCUUAACCUAUAAUAUAAUAAGCAGAUUCAGUUAUUUAAUUUGAAAUGGAUGUAGCAGUAGAUGAUGUUGGUGUUAAAAAAUCAGUUAUUGCAAAUUUAGCUUCUUAAAAGACUACUGAAAUAAAUAAUGUUGAAUAAGUUGAAAGUAUAGAAGAUAGAAAAAAAAGAUUAAUAAAAUAAAGGGAAGAAAUUAGAAAGAGAAAAGAGGAAGAAAAUAAAAAGACUUUAGAAUAAUAUAAAUAAUAGCAAGCUAAUGUAUAAAUUUAUUUUGUCUUUUUAGGAAGUAAAUAAUAAUAAAGAAGAUGAUGCUUUUUCAAUCCAAAGAAAAAAUACUUAAGAUGAACUUCAAAGAAAAAGAGAACUAUUAGAAAAGAAGAAAAAUGAAAUUAAAAUGCAGAAAGAAAAAAUGGAAAAAGAAAAAAAUGAAAAUUAAGAAUAUGAUGUUGAUUUAUCAUGA